GAGGAAGAAGAAGAAGAAGAAGAAGAAGAAGAAGAAGAAGAAGAGGGAUCUGCUGCAGAGAGAGGAGGAGAUGAUGAUGAUGAGGAGGAGGAGGAGGAAGAAGAUGAUGAUGGUGAUGAUGAUGAUGAUGGUGAUCGAGAUGCUACAGUGAUGAAGGAGAAGAAGGCCAAACGGAAAGCCGUUGGAGCGGCUUCCUGUGCAGACAGGAAGUGUGUUCCAGGUAUCCUGUACCUGGGUCACGUUCCUCCGAGGUUCCGGCCCAAACACCUGAGGAACCUUCUGUCAGCGUACGGAGAGAUCGGACGCAUCUUCCUCCAGCCUGAAGACGGCCUGGUGAGGCGGAGGAAGAAGAAGUCGGGGUUGAGGAGGUGUGACUUCACCGAAGGAUGGGUGGAGUUCAGAGAUAAACGAGUGGCAAAGAGAGUGGCGGCGUCUCUGAACAACACGCCGAUGGGAACCAGGAAACGCCAGCGCUUCUCCUCUGACCUCUGGUCCAUCAAGUACCUGCACAGGUUCCAGUGGACUCACCUGAGCGAGCGCUUGGCCUACGAGCAGACGGUCCUGCAGCAGAGACUCAGGACCGAAGUGUCUCAGGCCAAGAGAGAGACCAACUUCUACCUCAACAACGUGGACAAGAGCGCUCACAUGGACAAAGUGAGGAGGAAGAGACAGAGAGACGGACAACAGGUGGACGAGCGGACGUGGGACUUCACGCAGCGUCAGACAGAGGAGGAGAUCCAGACGAAGAAGAAGAAGAAGAGAGACUCCGUUACCCAGAAGCACCUGAGCAAGGCCCGUCUCAUACAGCAGAAGAGCCAAUCAAAUGUCUCGCUGCUUGCCAAGAUUUUCAACUCCAAACAAUCAGAGUGACCGCAGAGAGACAGCCGAUUGGCUGUUGGACAGGAUGGUUUCGAUGGAAACAUGGAGCAGAUUGUGAUGAACUGGUGCUGACAUGCUAUAACCCUUUACCAACCAAUCACAGGGCAGUCUGAGCAGAAGGCGGAGCCAUCUGAAUUCUGAUUUGCCGCUUGAGUUAGUUUAGUGUUCUAUUCCUGCCCUAACAAGCUCGUUAAAGCCGUGGUAGGCAGUUCGUUUUUGCUUUUCUGCAAUAAUUUAAUUCAAUAAUAACCUUUCAGCAUCUUGUAAUUGAAGUGUUCUGAUGGAAAACUAGACUCCUGCACCUCCUCUUGGCUCUGUUUUUAGUCUUUAGAUAAACUGUUCUGUGAUGGGAGACUCUGGCCAAUCACAGGUAAUUUUCGGAGAGAGAGAGCGUUCCUAUUGGCUGUUCUGCAUUGCCCUGCUGCUGCGUGCAACAAAAAGGGAGGAGAGGGAGAGCUGCAGGAAGAGGUUUCACUCUACUUCAAAUUCUGGUGUUUUGUUUUUGCCACGUUAAGUCUUCUGUAACCCACUCAACGAGCUUACGUUUUCUGUUCCUGCCUUGACAAAAUCGUUAUCGGGUGUCACGAUUUCGAUAUUAAAUCGAAAAUCUUUCAAAAUGAGCUUUCGAUUUUGACAAUCUAAAUCAAAAGUAAUGUCGGCGAUCACCCCAGUAUUUUCUCUCUCUCUCUCUCUCUCUGUCUCUCUCUCUCUCUCUCUCUCUCUCUGUCUCUCUCUCUCUCUCUCUCUCUCUCCAGCCUCGCCUACUUGCGCACGUCCGAAGGAAAAAAACAGACACAGCGUAGCUUACCGGUCGAUAACAUGCAGCUAAAGAUACGGGGUAAUCUUAGCUUAGCAGCUGGUAGCAUACAGCUAAAGACAGGGGGUAACCUUAGCUUAGCAGCUGGUAGCAUACAGCUAAAGACACGGGGUAACCUUAGCUUAGCAGCUGGUAGCAUACAGCUAAAGACACGGGGUAACCUUAGCUUAGCGGCUGGUAGCAUGCAGCUAAAGACACAGGGGUAAUGUUAAUUUACCGGCUGGUAGUCUACAGCCAAAGACACAGGGUAACGUUAUGUUAGAGGUAGUCUACAGCCAAA